AUGAUGUUAUUCAAGGUGGACUUUGAGAAAGCGUUUGACUCGAUUAGUUGGGAAUUCAUGGAAUCGGUUCUAGCUCAGAUGGGAUUUCCGGGUCUUUGGAGAAAAUGGGUUAUGGGUAUACUUAAAACAGCUAGAAGUUCGAUCCUGGUCAACGGGUCACCAACUGCGGAAUUUGAAAUUCAAAGGGGGGUGAGACAAGGUGAUCCAUUAUCUCCUCUCUUAUUUAUAUUGGCGAUGGAAGCAUUGCACAUAGCAACGGAAAGUGCGGUCAAUUGUAACAUAUUCAAAGGUAUUACAACACCGGUUUCGCGUCCAACAGUCUCACAUCUUCUAUAUGCAGACGACGUUCUCUUUGUAGGUGAAUGGUCUGAAGAGAAUUUCCAUAAUCUUGCAAGACUUCUUAGAUGUUUCCACUUAUCUUCGGGCCUAAAAGUCAAUUUUUCAAAGAGUAGAGUGUUUGGUGUGGGUGUGGGAAACGGACAAGUCUCGGAGAUGGCCACAAUAGUCGGAUGUGAAAAAGGCUUGUUACCAUUAUCCUAUCUAGGAUCGCCGGUUGGUUCUAACAUGGGAUUGGUAAUCUCAACUUACUAUUUCUCUUUAUUUAGUGCUCCGGUUCAUGUCAUUAAAUAUUUAGAGAAAGUAAGGCGUCAAUUUUUAUGGGGAGGUUGUUUGGAAAAGAAUAAGAUGUGUUGGGUACCAUGGUUCAAAGUCGUGGCACCUAAAAAACAGGGUGGGUUGGGCAUUGGCAGCUUGGCUUCAAUGAACAAAGCUAUGAUGGUGAAGUGGAUAGUAAAAUUUAGAAAUGAAUUUACACACCUAUGGGCGAGGGUUAUAAUGGCAAUUCACGGUAGAAACCGAAAUUACCCGUCUAUUCCAGUGAUGAAUUCGAUAAGCGGGGUUUGGAAGAACAUAGUACAGUUAGGUAAGGGUGCAAAUCUGAACUUGUCUGAUGUAGAGAGCAGGUUGGAGGUACAAUUGGGUUGCGGAAACAAAACCUUUUUCUGGUUGGAUAAAUGGGCAGGUGAUUUUUUAUUAAAAGAACAAUUUCCUCCUCUCUUCGCGCUGCAAUCAGAUAAGAGAUGCUUGGUUCAGCAUCGAUAUACAAUGUCGGAUGGGUCUAUUAACUGGACGUGGGGUGGCGAGUCCCCGAUUUCUCUUUCGGAGAUAGCUAAUAUGUGGGAGGACUGUGUUAAUAGGCUGCAAACGGUUCAAAUAAACAUGAAAUCUGAUCGAUGGCUAUGGAAACAAGAUCAAGACAGAGAAGAAUUCAGGGUGGGCAAUCUUUGUUCAGAAUUAGAUGCGAUUAGCAUGCUUCCAGAAAACACAGGUUCUUAG